UAACACACAAUAUCACCGUCUAAAUACUUGCUAAUGUCUGAAAGCAGUAGUCCAGUGGAUUUUGAUGUGUGUGUUGUUCUGCCUGCUGGAGGGCAUGGGGCCCGUACAGGUGUUUCUACACCCAAACAGUUUUGGUCAGUCUUAGAUAAACCGCUGAUUGUUUAUACUGUUCAGGAGUUUAACAGAAUUCCUUGGGUGCAGAAAAUAAUUGUCUGUGUUGCAAAAGAAUAUGUGGAGAGCUUUGAAGAUUUAAUUUGCCAGUAUCAUUUAGAUAAAGUGGAAGUGACCGUUGCAGGCUUUUCUAGACAUCAGUCAAUUUUUAAUGGCAUUAAAAAAGUUUCUUUAGUUUGGAAAGAUCCUGACAUUGUGUUAGUCCAUGAUGCAGUCCGCCCAUUAAUUAAUGAAUCCAUCAUCCAACAAGUUGCAGUUGCAGCUAAGAAAUAUGGCGCUGCUGGAAUAGUGAAUCCCCUCACAUCAAACAUAAUUUCUGUUAAUUCUGACAGCUUCCCCUCUGAGUUUCUUGACAGAAAUCUUUACCAUGCCAGCGAGAUGCCUCAAGGAUUCAAAUUUGACUUUCUAAAGAAAUCAUAUGAAAUGUGUGCAAAUGAAGAUAUAGAACAUGGAACUGAAUGUUUACAUUUAGUUCAAAAGUAUACCAAUAUUAAUGCAUUUCUCAUUGAGGGACCACCCCUUUGGAAAGUCACUUUUAGAAAAGACUAUUUUGCAGCAGAAGGAUGUCUUAAAGAAAAGUACCUAAAAGUUGGAUUAGUCAAUAUUCCCAACUCCAGUUUGGUAUCAGCCCUGAAAUAUCAUUUAGAGGAACAUCAUAUCAAGAUUUGUAUAUUAAAUACUAUUGAGGAGCAAUGCUCACAACUAACUAGUGUUGUGCUUGGUCAGACCAUUGUGAAUUUAGAUGGAAUUCUGAAUACAAUAGAGGAAUUAACUGAAAUGUGGACUGGAGAACCUAGAAGAAUUGUGCAAGGUGGUCUCAUUAUCUUCUUAAUCUAUGUAUCAAAGAAAAUUACUUUUUCUAAAACUUUGAAUCAAUUGCAAAAGUAUAGCAGAAGUUUGACUGAGAAAUUUCAAGGAAAUAUUUCACCAAUUUUCAUUUUAACAAAGAUAUCAUCAGAAAAAGGACAUGAAGAAUACUGAAAGAAUUGUAAAGCUCAUUAAAUCACUUCUCUGGGAGAUGUCAGAUACAUAUAUGGGACAGGUAUUUGUAUUAUAAGCUACAAAAUAUGAGAUGCUUUAGCAUUUAAUUGCUACAUAAAAUUGUAGGUUAAAAAUUGCACAAUAAAAUUGUAGGUUAAAACUUUUCAGAUGAGUUACUACCACUAAUAAUAAUUUCUUUUUAUAACUUCAAAAACAUUUUUUACAUUUUAUUCAUUUUAUUCAUUCUUGCUUUGAAAAGAGAUGAAGUCAACAUUCUCUAAACAUUAAUAAAAAUGUUCAUCAAAACAAUAAAAGUUUUAUAAAAACAUGUAA